AUAUCUAUAAUGCAUACACUCAAGUCAUUUACAUUUUACAUUUUAGUCAUUUAGCAGAAGCUCUUAUCCAGAGCGACUUACAGUUAGUGAGUGCAUAAUUUGUAAUUUUUUUCAUACUGUCAUACACUCAUAAUGACUUAAUUGAGUUAAGUGUUAAGUUAAGUGCAGUUAUAAACACAUAAUGAGGGCUUAUUAUGUAUUUCUUGCAAUAAAAAAGAAAAAUGCUACUAGUUUAUUAAAUAUUCAUGACUGCUAUUGCACGGCUCAUGUCCACACUUCUGUACAAUAGGGGGCAGUAAUGCACCAUAACGUUGGAUGCCAACUGUCUAUAAACCCCACUGAAGAAGAAAAAGCUACUCAUGUAAUGCAUGCUGGAAAGCAGACAAAAACUAAUGAUUUGCAAGAGAUCUAAACACGAUUUAUAAGCUACUGAACAACAAGUCCAAGAAAGCAUUGCUAACCGCGUUUGCACUUUGAACAGAUUUCUCGACAAUAAUAAUGGAAGAUGUGACUGGGGCUCAGCUCAUUGCAGAGGCACUAAAAGCUCAGAAUGUAGAAUAUAUGUUUGGAAUAGUUGGUGUUCCAGUCAUUGAAGUAGCUAUGGCAGCUCAAGCCUCAGGAAUCAAUCCAGGUGCGUGUCUGGUUGUGUCUGGACCGGGACUCAUCCAUUCACUUGGUGGAAUGGCCAACGCUAACAUGAACUGCUGGCCUGUGAUUGUUAUUGGAGGCUCCUCUGAUCAAAACCAAGAGACCACUGGGGCGUUUCAAGAGUUUCCACAGGUGGAGGCAUGCAGAUUGUACAGUAAGUUCUCUGCUAGGUCUAGCAGUCUGGAUAUGAUCUCCUCAGUGGUAGAGAAGCUUAGCAAGGUACCUUAACUGCUUCAUAAGAGCACAGCACAGCCUUAAUUGAUCUGAAUGGAAGGGUGUUUGGUCUGUCUAAGGCAGCACGCACUAGCAUGUAUGGACGUCCAGGUGCUGUAUACGUAGACAUAUCUGGGGACAUGGUCAAUGCUAAAUUGGACAGGAGCAGAGCCAGAGAGGUGCCCUGUAGUCCACCUCCUCCUGUGAGUAUGGCUGACCAUAUGGCGAUCACAGAAGCACUGGCGGUCCUGAAAGGAGCCAAACGGCCUUUACUCAUCAUUGGCAAAUGUAGGCAUUGCUUUUUUAAUA